CUGAACUCCAGAAGAAUAUGAAAGAAUAAUACAUCAGAUCGGCCGCUGGUCGGAGUCUCUCUACUCUCUAGUCUUUCUACCAGUGCUGCCAGACCCUCCUCCGGCCCCUUUAUCCCUCCAUGUAGUCGCUGGCGACAGGCGAAUGACUCCGCUGUUUCGAAGGGAAGUCAAGCUAAGUUCAAGCAUUCUGACGGAGAAUGGGUCAGAAUCAAUCUGGGACUGGCGGCAGCGGAGGAGACAAGAAGGAUGAUAAGGACAAAAAGAAAAAAUACGAGCCGCCAAUUCCCACGAGGGUGGGCAAAAAGAAAAGGCGCACUAAAGGGCCGGAUGCUGCUUUGAAGCUGCCUCAAGUGACGCCUCACACACGUUGCAGACUGAAGCUACUAAAAAUGGAACGCAUAAAGGAUUACCUGCUGAUGGAAGAGGAAUUCAUCAGAAAUCAGGAGCGUCUGAAGCCGCAGGAGGAGAAGAACGAGGAGGAGAGAUCGAAAGUGGACGAUCUUCGUGGCACACCAAUGUCCGUUGGCACGUUAGAAGAGAUAAUAGACGAUAAUCAUGCGAUAGUGUCU